AUGGGCUUCCAGCAGCGCUUCCACAUCCCGCCCCCCAGCACCUCGGCCACGCCCACCACCUCCACCAGAACGCCCCGCCCACCCAGGUCCACCAGUCCCACCAGUCCCCGCCCCCCGGCUGCACCAGGGCUCGCCUCCCGCCGCGCCGCUGCCCAAUGCUCAGUUGUCCCCCGUCCAGUCCCAGCCGCCCCAGUGCCAGCUCUCUCUCUCUCAGGGGGCCCCCGGGGGGUGUGCGGGCCCCUCUGGUCCCCCCGGGGCGGUGGUCCGGCGCAGGAGGACCUCGGAGCAGGACCCGGACGAGCGCCGGCAGAAGUUUCUGGAGAGGAACAGAGCGGCGGCCACACGCUGUCGACAGAAGAGGAAACUGUGGGUGUCCUCUCUGGAGAAGAAAGCCGAGGAGCUCACCCACACCAACCUGCAGCUACAGAACGAGGUGACGUCACUGAGGUCAGAGGUCGGUCAGCUGAAGCAGAUCCUCCUCACGCACAAAGACUGUCCGGUGACCGCGCGGCAGAGGGAGGGGCAAGGCUUCACCUCCGACUGACCCCGCCCCCCCCGGCCGACCCUCCCCAAAACUUCGCUCAUCUCCGCCCCAAGAACCACCCCAAGAACCUCCAGGACCCCAACCCCCCCCCAAGAACCCCAGGAGCAACGCACUUCACCCCCUGGAAACAGCACUUAAAACGCUCUACGCCAAAUCCUGCUCGACUAAAAAGACUCAAAACGCCUCUGUGUGGCACGGGCGUUUACGUUAAAGCGCACAUGACAGCAUUUUAAAAAACACCGCCUUUUGUUUUCAAGAUUUCACCCUUUUACUUCUUACCGCAGAUAAGGCAUAAGUAAAGGUAAUUCAAUAACUUCUACCUAGCAACCCGAGUGUAAACAAAAGCCAAAACUCGAAUUACACAAUAGCUAUGAUUAGUCUAAUGAAAAUAAAUGACGGCAUCUUUAUUUUGAUUAAAUAAAGGUUUAUACUGGCAGACAAAAGCCUUCCUGACACAUACAUUGUUCCUGCGUUUUGAGGGAAUGUCCCGCGUUGAACAGAAGUGGAGGCAUUUUAGAUUUCGAUGCUACUACGUGUACUUAUUCUUCACAAAUUGCCGUUUAAAGGUCAAAAAGUGAUUCUCAUGAGCUUUAAGAUGUGUUAGAAUGUUGUUACCUCCUCAAAAACAAACCUGGAGCUGCGUUUUGUUUCAUUCAAACAUUUCGGAAACCUGCAGUAUAAGCUUUUUUUUUUUUUUAUUUAUGUAUUUGUAAAGGGACAGCACAUAUUAAUGAACAUUUAAAUUGUAAAUAUGUAAAGAUUAAAGCCAGCGUAAUCCCUGUAUCGUUCGUUCAUUCGUUUUUCAAAAUAAAAUCAAAAAUAAGAAAGCGAAAAAACAACUACGGCUGGGAUGAGGAUCAGUUCUUCCUUGGUUCUCGACUU